AUGGACUCAAUAGAGGGAGAUACCCCAACACGAACCGAUAUCUUUAAUGCCAGCUCUGUGGCUGAGAUCAGGGCCGCCCUCUCCCGUCUCCAUACCCAGGAAGCAUCAGUGACCGCCCGCCUCGAUGCCCUGGUGACCUCACAAAAAGACCUGUCUCGAGAAUUGAGCCGAUUGGAUCUUAUGCGAGCCAACAUUGGCGCUCAAACAACAACCACCCGAUCGAUUAGCCAUGGAAUGCUCUCUGGCGCAGCCGGUACCGCCGAUCGAAUUUCGCGAGCUGUGCGUCGACUAGAUCUGGAACAAGCUCGGGUGAAGGCGACACUGGAGGUAGUUGAGCAGGUUGCAGAGCUCAAGGCAUGUGCUCUGGGUGUUGCGGGGUCAAUGGGUGCCUCUCAAGAUUGGGAGAUAGCUGCCAGCUACCUCAAUCGUGCUGCCAAGGUUCCAUCAGGAGUGAUCAAUGGAGCAUUCGCUGCAGAAAUGGUUCCCACAGCUGAGGUGCCUGACCCGCCAAGCGUCACCCUGGAUAAUGCGGCCGAGUCUCUAUGUAGCCUGUUCCUACGAGAAUUCGACAAGGCUGUUAAGGAGAAUGACGGAGCUAAGAUUACCCGAUUCUUCAAGCUGUUCCCGCUCAUCGGUCGCUCCGAGGUUGGUCUAGAUGUAUACGGUCGCUAUGUUUGCCAGGGCGUGGCUGCAAGAGCCCGCAACAAUCUGAAUGCAGGCCCGGGAACACAGAGUAAAGAGGGUUUCUUCUACGCCAAUGCACUGACAAAGCUGUUUGAGCAUAUUGCACAAAUUAUUGAUGGUCAUGGAGGGCUAGUUGAGCGACACUAUGGUCCCCGGAAGAUGAGUCGUGUUAUUGAGCGACUACAGGUUGAGGCAGAUGUACAGGGUGGCAUAAUUCUUGAUACCUGGGGCGAUGAACGGCAUGUGGAUCGCAAGUUGAUGGAAAUCAAGUCUUAUGCAUUUACCUUCCUGGUGCAAAGCUUCCUUCCUGCGCAACGCCCGGGACAAGCCCGUAUAAACUCCCCCGCACCGGGCGGCGCUACAGCUACCGAGGAUGAGGGAGUUGACAUGAAGGAAAUCGACGAGAUACUCAAUGAGAUGGGUAUUAUGCUAGGCCGAUGGUCUUUGUACUGUCGCUUUCUGGCAGAGACCUGCAAUCCCCCCGCCGAAGGCGACGAAAAAGACCAUGAGAAGAAGCUUGAGCUUCCUACCUUCUUGGGAGAAUCUUCCCUGGCGCGCAAAAUCAAUGAUCGACUGGUGACACCAUUCAAUGUCAUGACAACAUUCUUCUUCCGUCGGUCUGUGGAGAAGGCAUUCCAGUUAGAUGAAUCGCCUUCAGGCCUGAACCUGAAUAUCCACCGACCCCUGAAGGCGGAUCCACCUCACAUCACUUCCGCCGUCGACGAUAUCAUGUAUAUCGUGAAUAAGGUCCUGCAGCAGUCGCUGGCGACUUCUCAGGAAACUGUAAUCACAAAUGUGGUCCCUACAUUAUCCCGCGUGCUGGGGUCUGACUUUAUUGGCAUGACCCAGCGCAAAAUGCGUGAUGAAUGUUAUCCCCGUGCUGUCGCACAAGGCGCUCAACCUCCAGAGCAAAUGAUCAUUGCUUUCCUGGUGCAGAUCAACAACCUGGACAUAGGAAUCGAUUACAUUCGACGAAUUGUGCAGAACAACACGGGCUCGAAACAGCCUGCGCCGACAAGAGAAGCUGGCCCAGAGAAAGCUCCAGAGGUGACAGAGUAUCUGCUCUCGCUCUUCCCGGUCCCUUCAACUGCUCUUAUUGUCGCACAAACCCUUCACUCUCUAGCCAGUUCAUUCGAAAGCAAGGUCAAUGACCUUCUCACGGAUGGAAUCCAGGUCGUCUUCAACAAUGUGAUCAAGCACCGUCUCCGCCCUAUCCUUGCCGAUGCUUUCCGUGAUAUCGAGUACCAACCGUCAAGCGAUAGCGAUUCACCUGCUGACGGACACGAUGAUUAUGAGCAUGAUGGCAGCAAAGAGCUCGUUCGACCACGCUUUGCAGCUGGAUGGUCCGAAUUGCUCGUUCCGAUAGCGCGCAUUCUUACUCAACAAGCAUUUGAUCGUCUUCUUACUGUUACCAUCGCAUAUUUCGCACGACUGUUAGAAAAGCGACUGUGGUCCUACCAAGGACGUGUCAACCCACUUGGUGCUGCUCGUCUGGAGCGUGAUAUUGCUGGUCUUGUCAGUGCUGCUGUGGAUGUUGGGUAUGGCCCUGGCACUCCAGGUCGAUAUCGCCACCGGGAAGCUCUUUCGCGCUGUGUACAGAUGACAUUAGUGAUGAGCAUGGAUGAGGAUGAGUGGGAUGAGGUAUUAAGGGGUGGGGAGGCAGCAGAAGUUGUGGAUAAGCUUAGUCGGGAGGAGAGGGUUCGCGUACGGGCGAUGGUCAGACGUGGAUAG